AUGAAAGAGAAUGACAAUCAGUCACCAUAUUGGAAUUCCAACAGUAUGAAAGUUAUAAUAAAUGAAGAAAACUUUCAUGAUGAUGGUGAUGAAAAUAAAAAUUAUAGUUCAACAAAUACAAGUUUAAAUAGUAGUGGUGGUAGUGGUAGUAAUAAUAACAACAAUAAUAAUAAUAAUAAUAAUAAUAAUAAUAAUAAUAAUAAUAAUAAUAAUAAUAAUAAUAAUAAUAAUAAUAAUAAUAAUAAUAAUAAUAAUAGUAGUAAUAAUAAUAAUAAUUUUAGUAUUGAAGAUGAAAUUGAAAAAAGUUUAGAACAAAAUAAUGGAAAUGAAAUAAUAAUAAUUAAAAAAAAACAAGAAUUUUGGAGGAGUAGGAUAAAUUUAGGUCUAUGUCCAAUUAUAUUUUUAGAAGGAUUAUUCCUCUUUUGUUAUAUCCCAUUCGUUUUUUAUUAUACAAAAAACAUUUAUAAUAAUUUUGACAACAAUCGAAUUGGUAAUCUUUUAGUAUUGGUUUUCUUUCAUUUGAUAUUUAUAAUUACUCAAAUAUGCUUUUAUAGAGCUUCUUUUACUGACCCAGGUGGUAUUCCAAAUAAUUUUCCAGAUUUUUUACUUCAAUCACAGGAUUUAGAAUCAGUUUCAUUUUAUGAAUUUAAUAGUUCAGGAAAGAAUAGAAAAUGUUCAAAAUGUUCAUUGAAUAAACCAGAUAGAUGUCAUCAUUGUUCAAAAUGUAAAAGAUGUAUAUUAAAAAUGGAUCAUCAUUGCCCAUUCAUAAAUAAUUGUGUUGGCUUUUAUAACUAUAAAUUCUUUGUUUUAUUUCUUAUGUGGAGUACAACCUUAUGUUUAUUUGUUUUAUGUACAACUUCAGCAAAUCUUAAAAAUUUAUUGCAACAAGGAUCAGAUAGUGUAGUAUUAGGAAUAGUUUCAAUUAUAGCAUUAGUAUUUGGUUUGGGACUUUUCUUUUUUACAAUGACCCAUAUCAAAUAUAUACUUUAUAAUGAAACUACAAUUGAACAUUUCGAAAAAAAUAAUAAAAGUAGUGGCAAUAAUAGUAGUAAUAAUAGAAAUUUAGGAAGAGAUGAUAAAGGUAAUGAUGGUUCAAGAGCAAAUAUAUUUAAUAUAGGUUUUAAAAAAAACUUUUGUCAAGUUUUUGGUAAAAAUCCUUUAACAUGGUUCUUACCAAUAGCAAUUAAUUAUACAAUAUUAUCUGGUUUGGAAUUUCCUGUGCAACAUGAGAGAUCUCCUUUAAUCUCAACAUCUUCUUCUUAA